AGAGUGACGCGUGACAUGCGCGUAAACGUUGCGUAUCCAAUCGUCGCGCGACUGGAUCGAGGAGGACGAAGCGAGUCUCGCUUUAAGAUGGCCGUUCCUGGCGUGGCGCGUACACGGCGAGGAAGCGUCGCGUCGCCCGCUGGUUAACCCGCUCGAUGCGAUUCGUUCGCGCGACUCACGCGGAUCUGAGAAUCCCGCGCGUGUAUCGGUGACGCGUCUGCGAUCAGUAUAUCGAUUCCCGGGGGUUCGAGGAGAGACGACUCGCGGAGGGAAACGAGCGUUCGUACGGAGAUGCUUCUUGGAGCAUCAGUGAACUAUCAACUAUCAUCAGUGACGCCUCCGUGACGCCUCCAUGACACUUUUCAUGACGCUUCAGUGACACUCGGCCAACUUCAUUCCGGUACCGUGCUCCUCUUUGUCUCUCGUCGCAUCAUUUCUCGGCUUGCACAGGUCGAGUCUAAACACGCUCCGUGAUUGGAGCUUGUCCGGGGGAGACACAGUGUCAACGAGCCAUUAGUGACGCCUCUGUGGCGUCUCGACAGGUCGCGAGGACGAUUCUCGCCCCCGACGCUUCGAUAAUAAACUCCGAGUCGCCCCUCUUCGGUCGUGUAGAUCGCGCCUCCCGAGUGCGAGCGAGCGGAGCGAGAGUUUCGUGAUCGUGAAGCCUGGUGUCAGUAACCUGUCAACAAGGUCUCUCCGUAACGUUCGUGUUAUGUUUCUCGGUAACGUGCCGCUUCAAUAAUCAACGAUCGAGACCUCGAUGUGAUCUCAGUUCCACGUUAAUAAUAAAUAACUCAUCAAGAAGAGUCAUCAGCUCGCAGAAUUGGUAUGAGCAGGAACAAUCAGAGCGGUGUAUCGCUGGCGACACCGCCAGCGAUUCACGUUGGACCCAUCGUCACACCCGGUUCUAACGAGACCAUCUCUAUCGUGAUACCAUUAUCGGCUCAGCUGACCACAAUGGCCAGCCAGAAGAUCGAUAAGAACUGUAAGGAUUGCAGCAAGGACGUGAAACGACCUGCAACGACCAAUCCCAUUCAAAGAUUUGCGCAGUAUGCUUCAAUGGUUUCGCGAGUUUAUUUUGAGAACGACAAAACAAAGGGCUGUCCUAUUCCCGGGUGCACGCGAUACAGACGAGCGUUUUCCCGAGCGCACGAUCUGAAGCGGCACAUAGCUCGGCACGCGAUGCGCAAAGACAAAAUACUGCAGGUCGCUCAGCAAAAGCCCGACAUGGAGAACGCGAGCGACGUGACCCUGCAGGGCGCCCUUUUGCGCGGCAUGGAGGGCGGAUAUCCCUGUCCGCGCUGCAAAAAGAGAUACAGCGACGAGGAUAAACUGAAGGUUCAUCUGGCCUCUCACGGCAAGACCGUGCCAAAGAACAAUCAAAUAAAACCGGAGGAACAUGCUAAGAGCUUGUUGCAAGGCCAAACGACUACGGACAAGUCCUCAGCGUCGAAGGAAUCGGCCGAUGAUGAUUUUCUGUUGGAGGAGAUGCUGCUGCUGAAAAAGGAUUCCCGAAGAACGGACAAGGGCGACUCGAAGAUCAGGUGUGACUACUGCUCCAAGACAUUCAAAACCAAAUGGACCCUGAGCUCACACGUGGCCGCACAUGAGGGCCGUUUCCAGUUCGAUUGCGGCCAGUGCGGCAAGAAGUUCGUCAGGAAAAGCCAUUACGAGGGCCACGUACGCUCCCACGAGGCCGCCAGGCCCUACGUCUGCGAGCAGUGCGGUAAGACGUUCAAAGAAGUCAAACACCGUCGAGAGCACACCAAAAGGAAGCACCCGAGCAAUCAGAGCGCGAUACAGAGCUUGCUGGACAGCAUCGGGCCUUGCGCGGCCGAAGAGACGAACAUCGAUCAAGCCAAGUUUACUCUGCUGAUGCCCGUGAACUUCGGCGACAAGUUUGAAUCCGAGAGAAGCCAAAUGAGCGCGAAACGGCGGAGAGUGAGCUCGCGAUGGAAGCAAGACGCGCGAAGAUGCGAGAGUCUGCAGAGCACGUUAGAUCAUUUGCCACCGGAAGUCCUCAGCAUCAUCUUGCGGAUGCUGUCCUUGCACGACAUUGCUUGCACUGUUCGUUUAGUCUCCAGACGUUGCUGCAGCAUUGCCGCUACGGUAUUGAACAGCGAGUUUCUAGUAGCCGGCACCAAGCUGGAAAUCGCGGUGAAGCGCAUACAGAAUUUCAUGAACAAUGUAAGGACAUAUGCGGAAGUGCUGGAGUGCAGCAGGAUCUUCAACGCGCUGGAGCUCAUCCGGUCCCAGUACCAAAUGCUGAAGGCAGUCACGUGGCGGUCCCGCGCCUUGCCUACAUCGUGUUUCUACGGCGGCAGGGUCCUUGACAAUCUGAACUGUUUACUUCAGACGGUCUUGGAUCUCUGCCAAGGAUCCUCGAAUGCUCUCAACUACGUCGACCUUCAGAUCUUCGCGCGCAGCUGUGAAAAUUUCAUGGACCACUUCGAGAAAGUUACCGAGUGCAGGAUAAACAGAUCCGCACUGGUUUCUGGAUGUAAGAUAGUCGACGUCCUGGACUGCUUGGGGGAGGGUCGACAAGUGGUAUCUUUCAGGACUUCCUCGAGAACGGGCAAUCCCGUGAUCAGCAUGCAACUCAAGUACGUCCUGAGACGCACAUGGUUCACGUGCCUGCGAGUGCCUAACGCGGGCAACGAGAGUUGUUGGCGGGACAAGCAGCGCUAUAUGUACCUGAGACUGCGCCGGCUAGUCAGCAACUUCAACAAGCACUUGUUCCACAAGCUGCACUAUGAACGCAAGCUCGUCGUACAAGCGACGACAUCGCACCAGUCGUUACCACCUCGAAGAUCGCCGCCGGCUUCCACGUAUUCAGGAUACGGCGAGUACGGCGGACAGUUCUUCUUUUACGGCAAUAUGAGCAAGUACGCCUACGAGAGUAAAUUUAAAUACGUGAAAGCCAACAACAUGGAGAAUACAGGCGAAGAAAUCGAGGACGAAAUUAAUUCAGCGCCCCGCUUCGACUUGGUCAUUGGGGUUCAAUUGAGAUGUUCCCCAGAAUUAGCACCAUUAGCGGUGAGAUCGGAUCUGAAUCUCGACGAUCUCGAAGGCUGUGCCAGUAAUCCGCGUCAGGAAUUGUAUUUAAAACUGGAUACAAAGUGUGCAGCGUCCAAAGUUAACAGACUGCCAAGCAGCUUUAUCUGGGAAUACAGAGGACAGAGUAUGAUAUUCCCUAAGGAUUUUAAAAAAUGUGCUAUAAUGAGCCAGGAGUGUCCAAACUGUAAGCAAUUUACAAACGCAUCUUUCUCAAGGCUCGUAAAGGAUAGCUGUGGCCAUACCAAAUGCCGAAUGUGUUUGCUGUAUGAGGAGCACGGAUGUAAAAUUUGCCAAGCUGAAUGCUUGACCCAAAGCGUUCAAGAUUACUCGAAAGAAACAUGUUCCAUAAAUAAAGAUCCAAGUCAAACAGAUAAACCAUCCAGCGAAGAAUUGGUGUUUCCAUUGGAACUCGUCAUCAACAAAGACUCCAAGUUCAAAGACAGCCAUUCCGAUUCAAUCUCUAUUGAAUGCAGAUCGCCAGAUCUCCAUGAUGAUGAGAAUGCUUCCUUCGAUGACAAUGAAACAUAUCAAUCUCAAGCAAUAAAUGAUACGGACAUUAAUAACGCUCCUGACAAACUGUCCAUUCCAACAAUAGAGGCCUGCAAUUUUGUGCGAAACAUUCGCAACCACUUGAGAAAUGAAGAUGAUCACGAUUCAGUUAGCUUGCGGAAUCUACAUGAUAAUCAGGUGGAAAAGAAAAUUGAUGAAGUGGUGGUGGAAAAGAACGUCAAGCGUCGUGAUCGCAGUCACAUAACGAUAGUGCCCGGCAAUCCGGAGAAAUAUAAAUGCAACGUGUGCGGUAAGAUCUUCCGGAAUAAAAAGGGCAAGUGCUAUCACGACGCUUGCGUGACAGGCAUCAGACCUUACCAGUGCACCUACUGCGACAGGAGUUUCGUCAAACGCUCGCACUUUGAGUACCACGAGAGAAUGCAUAAGGGAUACAAGCCAUACAAAUGCAACCUCUGCGAGAAGGCUUUUCCCCAGCAGAAUAAGCUCAAUCGGCACAUGUUCUCACAUAGCAAAGAGAAGCAGUUUGCAUGUCGCAAAUGCAACAAACGUUACAGUAAGCGAGACGACCUGAAGAUUCACCUAAACGUUCACAAUGCAACGACCAUGUACAAUUGCAAGUCCUGCGACAAGUCUUUUCAGAUGUUAACAAACUUGAAACGCCACAUGCGAACGCACAUAAUACGACGAAGUGGUCGUGAUUUCUUAGACACUCAGGAGACGAAAAGUAACGAGCUGAUCGAUAUCAUUGUCACAGGCGAGCGAUCACACGCGUGCGAUCAGUGCAACAAGAGUUUCAAGGAUAGAUCCUUACUGAUACGACACAAACGGAUCCACGGAAAGGAAAGGCCGUUUUCCUGUGCCGAUUGUAACAAGGUGUUCCUGUCGAAAAGCGAGCUGAGACGACACUUGACCGUGCACCUAGACGAAAAACCAUUCUCCUGCGAGUACUGCCAGACGCUGUUCAGGCGCAAGGACAAUCUAAAUCGACACAUACGGCACCAUCACACCGAAGACCUGAAUUGUGAGACGCGCAAGACGGCGAUCGCCGAAACGGAUAGCCGGAGCAGCUCGGCGAAGAGUGGUCAGCAACGGCAAAGGCAGAAACCGAAGGCGCCACCGAAGAAGACGCAGGCGAGGAGUCCCGACAAGGUCGCCACGAUAUCCGCGAGUUCUCGUGAUCCGAUCAGCUCUCGGCUGGACCUCAUGGGUAACAUCACCCCCGUGAUAAGAACCACUAGCGAAGUGAGCAAUGCGGUACCGGUGAUCAAUGGACCCAUCAGGCGGCCGGAGGACAGGACCGACCAGAAGAUGUUCACGCACAUUGAGCCGAUUCCAAUUGCCGAGGCGGUAGUGCUCAACUGCCGGAUCGAGGAGAAGCUGUACCCGCAGAGCGCCAACAGCCACGACUACUUCGUGCGCAGUUACCUGAAGGACAGAGGUUCGAGGUUGAACUCCUGCAGCGCGUAUUCCAAGCCUGCAUCGCAGGAGAACUGUACCGCUGCGGCCGCAUCGUCACAAAUCGAGUCGUCUCUUCCAAGAACGGUGGGAGGUCGGAAGGAUUCCGCGGUUGACCUCUACGAGAGAGAAAUCGUGAGGCAGCAUCAUCAUGAGGAGCAACAUCAGAGUGACAAUCAGGAUGAGGACGAGGAUUCGAGGAAGAAAGAAGGAAGAAUUCGACAACGAGAAAGGAAUUCCAACGAGUAUGAGGGGAAUCCGAGCGCUGCUACACUUCGGGAAUCGAAUUGCGUGCCUACGAUCAAGAAACGCUCGGUGCGACACUCAGAGGGGCACUCGAGCGAGAUCUCGGCAAGUGACGGUGCUUUAAAUCGAGAUAUUGGUGAUUCGGAAGCGACGAGUAAUUUAGCACUGCCAAAGAAUCAUCAAGACGGCUGCAAGAGGCAGCAAAGCGACGUACACUGGAGACGCAGAAUUGCAGAGACGCUGAAGCCGUGCUGAUCCAUUUUAGCUUUCGGUUUUUAAUUUUCGGUUUCUCGUUGAUAAAAAAUGAUCCUUGUGAUUUCUGUAUCUUUAAGCAUGAAUUUUCAAUCCGUCAAAUUGACGUAAAUCUAGUGUUAAUGACGACAAUGCAGCAUUCGGUACAGCAGCAAAAGGAAUGUACCGACUGCAUAACGAAGCUAUAAUAAACUAAAAAUCAUUGUUACAAUAUUCGAGAUAUAUAUAAAAUUAUGCUCAAAAAGCAGAGUUAUACUUAAGUCAAUAUUGUUUACAUAAUUGAGAUUUGCGAUUUUUCUUGGAAUGAAGUUUGCGAUCAGGAAUUGAUUAAUUAUAAAAUAUUAAUUAUUAAUUAUAAAAUGUUUGAUAUAUAAUUAUUAAAAGAAUCGUGGGUGCGAUUAAAGAUGCAGCAACAAUU